AUGAGGUCCAAAGGCAGUGGGGUGGAGACGGCAGCUAACGUGCUGGGGGUCCCACAGAGUGAUGCUGACAUCAGGCAGGAGGACGAUCUGGGGCUAUCUGUGAAAAGCCUCAAAGCCAAAGUCCAGCAGAAGGAGCCUGAAGGAGCACAGGAGGUUCCAGAGAAAGAACUAAGACUGCUGGACAAGAGUGACAACAAAAACGGUGUGAUGGAUUUGUCCAAGAAGGAACUGUUCAAACUGCUGGGCAUCAUGGAGGGAGAAGUUCAAGCCAGAGAAGAUGUCAUCAGUAUGUUGAGCUGCAAGCAGACUUCAGCAGAGGCCCUGGAGUCUCGGUAUGGCUCUGCAGCCCCUGCCUCAGCUCUGCAGGCUCUGCACAGAGAUAGUUGUGUGUCUGGCACCAAACAGCAGCAGCCCAGUGUUUACCAGAAACCGAUGGCGGAGCUGGAGCGUCUCCAGGAGAAGCACAAAGACACAUACAGGAGGAUGCUGGGACAGCUGCUGCUCGCAGAGAAGUGUCACCGCCGCACCGUGCACGAGCUUGACACAGAGAAGCGCAAGCACGUGGACUACAUGAACAAGAGUGAUGACUUCACCAACCUGCUGGAGCAGGAGCGGGAGAGGUUAAAGAAACUGUUAGAGACUGAGAAAGCCUACCAGACAAAGAAGGAGAAGGAGCACUCCAAACGACUGACCAAGGUGAGGGAGGAGCUAGUCAAACUGAAGUCCUUUGCCCUGAUGCUGGUCAAUGAGCGUCAGCAGAACCUGGAGCAAAUGGACCAACAGAGCCAGCGGGUCCAGGAGCUGAGUCAGCAGCUGCUGCAGCAGGAGCAGGCUUUGAAAGAGGCUAAAGAUCGGACUCGUGAUGAUGGACAUAGGCUGCACAAUCUAGAGACUGAACUGAAAGAAAAAUCUGCCAAGCUGAGCCAGCAACACGAGGAGAUGAACACCAAAUUAGCCAAUAAUGAGGCCAACAACCGGCAACUCAAUGCCAAAAUUCUCGGACUGACAAACAAAGUGGAUGAACUGGAGUCGCAGAACACCACACUGAAGAAAUCUGAAGAAGAACUGAUGGAAUUCAGGGAACUGAGAAAAGGAGAAUGUGGAAACUCUAAUUUGACCACAGAGUUAGAGAAUUUGAGAAAACGGGUAAUGGAAAUGGAAGGGAAAGAUGAGGAGAUCACAAAAACAGAACAUCAAUGUAAAGAACUUAGAAAGAGACUCCAAGAGGAGGACUGUAAAAUCAAAGAACUCAGACUAGAGGUGGAGAAACUUCAGACUAGAAUGAUAGAACUGGAGAAGUUGGAGACAGCUUUCAGCAUGAGCAAAGCAGAGUGUGCUCAGUUGCAUGCAGCACUGGACAAAGAGAAGGGCCUCUCCAAAGAUCUCUCAGAUGAGGUCAUAGCUCUCCGUAUUCGUUUAAAGGAAUUGGAGUCUUCAGAACUGAAAAUGGAAAAGACUGAACUGAGCCUCAAAGAUGAUUUGAGUAAAUUAAAAUCUUUAACUGUAGCCUUAAUGGACGAGCGCAAAAGUCUAGUGGAGAAAAUCAAAUCUGACGACAAACAAAAGGAGGAGUUGAACAAAAUAGUAGAGCUGGAGCAGGGCAAAGUUAUGGAAGUCACGGGGAAGCUUAUAGAAGAAAGCAAAAAGCUCCUAAAAUUGAAAUCAGAAAUGGAAACCAAAGUACAGACCCUUAGCAGUGAGAAAGGUGAUCUGUCAACGAAACUCGCUAAUGAAAUGGAUUUAAAUAAAACUCUUCAUUCCAAAAUCAGCCUACUCAAAAAGAGGAUAGAUGGAUUAGAAGCAGAGAAGUUGUCUGCAAAAAACUCUGUCAAGAGCGAUUUGGGAAGAAUGUCUGAUCCACUCAAACAAGACAACAAAGUCAAGGAGCUGACUUUUGAGAUUGAUCGCCUAAAAAACCGGCUUAAACAACUUGAGGUGGUGGAAGGAGAUUUGAUCAAAACAGAAGACCAAUAUGAUAUGCUGGAGAAGAGGUUUAUAACAGAGCAGGAUAAAGCCAAUGUUCUUUCCCAGCAGGUGGAGGAGAUGAGGAGUCAGAUAGCACGCAAUAAAGCCAUAGAAAAAGGAGAAGAGGAAAGCCAGAAGGAAGACCUUAGGCAACGAUGUAGAAGCGAAGAAGCGAAGAACAGAGAGCUGCAGGCUGAUGUUGUUGCGCUGAAGGAAAAAAUCCAUGAACUUAUGCACAAGGAGGACCAACUGUCCCAGAUACAAGUGGAUUAUUCAGUUUUACAGCAAAGGUUUUUGGAGGAAGAGGAGAAAGCAAAGAACAUGGGCAGUGAGGUUUUUCACCUGGCAAAAGAACUGGAGAUUGUGAAGCGCCACAGUCGUGCACUAAGGCCAAGUUUAAAUGGCAGAAGAAUGAUGGACAUCGCAACAACUUCCACGGGAGUACAAACAGAAGCGCUGUCCAAUGGGGGUGCAGAUGAAGACACUCCUGCUGUGUUUAUAAGAAAAUCCGUUCAGGAGGAAAACCACAUUAUGAGCAACCUCAGGCAAAGGUGUCUCAGAAAGCCCUCUGAGAAGUCCAUUGAGCGUUCCCCGUCGUCUGGAAGCGAUUUGAAAAAGUCAUGGAUUCCCUGGAUGCGGAAAAAGGAUAAUGCUACUCAAGAAACCAAUCUAGAAAAGCACAUGAACGGUGUUGCUCUGCCAACUGAGCUAACCAUGACCCAAAAGCAAGGCCAGCCAUUACACAUACGGGUCACGCCAGAUCACCACAACAACACGGCAACGCUCGAAAUCAGCAGCCCAACCGAAGAUGCAUUUUCAAGUUCAGCCCCACUUAGCCCAAACCCUUCUCAUUCCCAACCGAAAUCCAGGAUCACCAUCAUUCCCACUGCUGCUCCUGGUCAUAGGAAGUCCGGUUUUGGUUGCCAUGUCUCAGAAAGAGCAAAGUCUCCAGUUUCUAUCACCACAAUCUCCAGAGCCAAGUCCUCAGAAAGGGUUAGAUCGUCUUCCUCCACCUCUGGCCGGCCUUUGUCUCCCGUUUCCAUUACGACCAUCAGCACUGUGAUUCCUGAAGGAUCCCCCUCUCCUGAUCUGCAGGAGAUGACCAUGGGACGAGCUGUUUUUAAAGUCACGCCUGAGAAGCAGAUGGUUCCAAUGCCUGUGAGAAAAGGUCCCAGCAAUAACAGUAGCAUUAUCACCACAGAGGACAACAAGAUUCACAUUCAUCUUGGAAACAACCCAAAGAUGGCAGCCAGGCAGGGGGCUUCAGCUGCGGAGAACAAAGAGAUGACCUUAUCCACCGGGACAGUCCUGCGGUCUCCACGUCAGAUCACCACCACCACCACCACAGCAACCAGGAGCACACAGAGCAAAGUGAUGAGCAGUAUCACCAUCAACCCCAUGUCAUCCGCACCAUCCCGACAAGCACAAAACACGGCUGUGCAGGAACCUCAGGCUUCUCGCACAGGGCUGACGCGCAUCCCAAUGUCCAAGGGCUUAAAAACAGGAAAAACGAUGAUCACAGCCAUGAUGGCGUCCAGCUACAACGCGAAGGAGGAGGACGGCCACCACUCUGGGGCUGCGGUUCACGGCGGAGCAGGCGCGGUCAAGAGCAGGAAACCAGACAAUACUGCGUUUAAACAGCAGAGACUACCCGCCUGGCAGCCCAUCCUCACGGCGGGCACUGUGCUCCCUGCGUUCUUCGUCAUCGGGCUCAUCUUCAUCCCCAUUGGCAUCGGCCUGUAUGUCACUUCAAACAACAUCAAAGAGUUCGAGAUCGACUACACAGGUGUUGACAGUAACAGUCCAUGUUACACCUGCGCCAGGAACUUCAGUUGGAACAGCACAACACCAUGCAUAUGCUCUCUGAAUUUUACUUUGGAGCAGCCCUUCGAGAGUAAUGUAUUUAUGUACUAUGGCUUAUCCAAUUUCUACCAAAAUCACAGAAGAUAUGUGAAAUCCAGAGAUGACAGCCAGCUCAAUGGAGACCUGUCGGCGUUAAAGGAACCAAGCAAAGAAUGUGAACCUUACCGCAAUAGUGAGGGCCAGCCGAUUGCUCCAUGUGGGGCCAUUGCAAACAGUCUUUUUAAUGAUACAUUGGAGCUUGUUUAUGUAGACUCAAAUGGCACAGGGACUAAAGUUCCCCUGGUGAAGAAGGGCAUCGCAUGGUGGACAGACAAGCAUGUGAAGUUUAGGAAUCCCAAUGGAAAUGCCAACCUCACCAUAGCGUUCGCAGGCACUUCUAAACCAGUGAACUGGAGAAAGCAAGCGUUUGAGCUGGACUCAGACCCAGAGAACAACGGCUUUAUCAACGAGGACUUCAUCGUGUGGAUGAGAACGGCUGCUUUACCCACAUUCCGCAAACUGUACCGCAUCAUUCAGAAGAAGUCCAGCCCCACUCCUACACUCCCCAGCGGGCGAUACACCCUGUUGGUCACUUACAAUUACCCUGUGCUCAGCUUUGACGGUCGCAAGCGAAUGAUUCUGAGCACCAUCUCUUGGAUGGGAGGGAAGAACCCUUUCCUGGGGAUUGCUUACAUCACGGUGGGCUCCAUCUGCUUCUUCCUGGGAGUGGUCUUACUGAUCAUCCACCACAAAUACGACAACCAAGGCUUCUCAUCGGUCUGGGGGCAUCUACAGACAGGAAAAGGUUUGGAACUCCCCACGGUGGAGCUUUUUGGGAUCUGCCCCCUGUUAAGUAGCCGCUGGUGGAAAGAUUCUUCCCACUUGGAGAGAGGCUUUUCCUUCUUGGACAUCUGUGGCGGAGCUUCCAGUAGCAGAGAGGGAGAGAGGGGUCCCACCACGCAGUCUCCAACUCUUCACUUGUGCACAGGGGCAGCCAGCACCAGAGACCUAUCUGCUCCCUUCUAUAUUUGGGAGAACCACUGA